UGACUAGAACGUGAAGGUAGAGUCGGUGAAAUCUACGAGUGUAUAUGUAUGUACCCUGCCUACUUACGCCUUUGUCGCCUUUACGCCUUACUUACACACGUUUCCAAACCGUUGACGGUCUAUCAUAUAUUUUCGCAACAUGUUGUCAUACGAAUUACGAAAAAUUUAGGAUAAAACUCCGUUAUACAGAUUCGUAAUUCUUUACAAGACUUCGAGUGUGGCGUGACAGUGUCUUAUUUUAAUAAGAACCGAAAUCCGGUUAAUGAUACUUAGUAAAUGGUAAAUAAGGAUGUUCGACGACGGUAAAUGAUCGCGGCUCGAGGAUCGUGUCGAUUACUUUGAUCGUUCACGGAAAGAGAUUUUACAUUUUUUAAAAAGAUACCUAAGGCUGGAAGGUUAUGCGGUCUAUCGAUCGUACGUCCAUGCACAUUUCUGCGCCAACUAUUUAACGUAGAUCACUUGGCGAACGAACAUUUAUCGAGCUCGUCUUUGGUUCGGGAAAUUGUUUUCUUUAUAUAAACAUCUGUUUCGUUCUGGGAAAUAAAAAUGGUCUUCGAGUCGAUCGUCGCCGAACUCCUGAACAAAGUGUUGGGGGAGUACAUUCAAAAUUUAGAUUCUACGCAACUGAAACUGAGUCUAUGGGGAGGGGAUGUAGUACUGACCGACUUGUUGAUAAAAGAUUCGGCGUUAGACGUAUUAGAUUUACCCAUCAGAUUGGAAUAUGGAAGAUUAGGGAAGCUUAUAUUAAAGAUACCGUUCAAAGAUAUGUGGAACGGGCAGAUCGAUGCCAUCAUCGAAGAAUUAUUCAUACUGGUGGUACCGACGAGUCAGGUCGCGUACGAUGCGGAAAAAGAGGCGAGGAUGCAGCUCGAGACGAAGCGCGCCGAGCUCGCGAGGGUCGAAAAGAGGAAACUGUUGGAAGAUACCAAAUCGCAAGAAAAGUUGGACGAUUCGAUGAUUGAGAAACUGCUUGCGCGUAUGAUAAAGAAUAUCCACGUCGAGAUCAAACGGAUACACGUGAGAUACGAGGAUCAUAUUUCGUUCAAAGAUCAUCCGUUCUCGGUCGGUUUCACAUUGAACAAGUUCAUCCUGGAAAGUUGCACAGACACCUGGCAGACCGACGGUAAUUUGAGAGACAUGUAUGCCAUCCUGCAAAUACACAAGCUAUGCACAUUGGACGGUUUGGCGGUGUAUCUGAACACGACCGUUGAACAGUUUAGUACAAAUGCACAAUCCAAGUAUACAGAUCUAUUUUGUAGCGGAAUCGCGACCGUAGAUUACAAUCCACCCGGUUACGAAUAUUUAUUGGGUCCGAUAAACGUAAACGCCAAAUUGAAACUGAACCCAAAGCCCGAGACGGAUGGGAGCAAUUACACGAUCCCGAAAGUGUGGCUGGACUUGGAGAUGCAGAAAUUGAGGAUAGGAUUAGCGCGGAAGCAGUAUCACACUCUCGUUCAAUUGGGGGAAGGUUUGGAUCAAGCACAGAAGGCUGCGCCGUAUCGAAAGUACAGGCCGAACCUGACGUCGUACAGGGGACACUACAAAGAAUGGUGGAAGUUUGCGUACACUAGCGUGCUUGAGGAAACGGUGCGAAGGAAUCGUAGAAAUUGGGACUGGAAUCACAUGAAGGAGCAUCGGGACAUGUGCCGGGCUUACGCCGACGCGUACCAAACAAAGUUGACGAGUAAAAAGGUCGCGCAAGAGAUAGAAGAACUCCUGACCGACUGCGAGAGGAAGUUGGACAUAUUCAAUUUGGUCAUCAUCCGACAAAAGAUCGAGAUGGAAGUGGAAAAGCUGGCGGAAAGGGAAGCGAGUCUGAGAGCGAAACGCGGCUGGUUCGGAUUCCUAUGGUCGGGCUCGCAAGCGGAGGAAACGCAAGAGUUGAACUCGGCGGCUGCCAUAAUGCGGAAAUUCGAGCAGGCGAUGACGCCGCAGGAGAAGGAAAAGUUGUACAGAGCGAUCGACUACCAAGAGAACAGUGCCCCGGCCCAUUACCCCGAGACGUACGAGAUGAUCGACACCCGAUUCCUGUUGCGUGAGCUUCAGCUGAUAGUCUUAGACACGGACAAGGAGGACCCGCGCGUUUUAGAUCUUCAGCUCCACGGCGUUCAAGCUUGCUUCAAGUCGAGACCGUCCGCCAACGCGGUCUUGGUCACCGCCUCGAUCAACGAGAUGAAAUUGUUGGGGACGAAGCAAGCCGAACACGUUCCCUCCAUGUUCAAUUCGCAUGAGCACCACGCGGACACGGACGUUUUAUUAUCCGUCUCGUACGAGAAGAAUCCUCUCGACAAGUUAUGCGGCGAUCGUGUCAUAGUCAAGUCCAAGUCCGUGGACAUUGUUUACGACGCGCAAACCGUGAUAGAAUUAGUGAACUUGUUCAAAGUGAAAAACUCGUCGACUUUGACGACCAUCCAAGCGGCUGCCGCGGAACAGCUGGAGGGUCUGAAGGAAAUGUCGGCUCUCGGUCUGGAGCAUGCCAUUCAGAAGCACUCGGUGCUGGAUAUACAAGUGAACAUGCAAGCCUCCCAGUUGAUCGUACCGCACGACGGCUUUUACAACGGGACGAAAUCGUUGUUGGUCGUCAAUCUUGGAAGCUUACGAAUGCACUCGUUGGAGAAAUCAAAGGAGGACGGGAAGGCGCAGGUAACCGUUAAACAGCUGAUCAGUAUGGGUAAGAGCGAAGAGGACGUGUUGAUGCAUCUCAGGGAGUAUAGUUACGACAAGUUCGUUCUGAAGAUUGUCGAUUUCCAAGUGUUGGUAUCGCUACCGGGCGAAGAGUGGCGACGAACGAUCUCGUCCGGUACGACGACAGACAUGUCUCUGUUACACCCGACGACGCUCGAGAUCCAAUUUCACAAAUGCUUGAUAACGGACGAUCCUCUGUUGCCGAAACUCAGGCUCAUCGGACAGCUACCGUCGGUCGUCAUCGAUAUAACGGAUGCCCGUUUGCUGCAAGCUCUGUCCAUCGCCCAGAGCAUUCCCCUACCGAAAGAAGAGGAGCCGACGGACGCGAAAUUGUCGCUCAGCAAGUCCGUCUCGCAGUUGUCCUUACUUAGAGACAUUACCACGACCAUCUCCGAGAAGAAGAAGGAGGAGGAGGACGAGGAAGGCACCGGCGGCGCAACAGUGAUCAAACAAACGACCGACAUGGAGAUGAAAUUCGAGAUGAAAGAGUUCGCAGUGAUAGUCUCGUCUCAGAAGGACGCCACGAUCGUUCCAUUCAUGAGGCUGGAAGUAGUGCAGGUGGAAGCAGAGAUGUUGCAACGGACCUUCGAUCAAGAGAUACUGUUGCGACUAGGGGGCGUUCAAGUGAAGCAGUAUCACGAACAAAGGGAGAUAUUCAUGGUGAACACUCCGAUGUUGUACGGGAAGGCCGAGUAUCUGAUAACCGUGCAGUACGUGAACGUGAACAAGCAAUCUCCCGAGUUGAAGACCAAACACGGAUCGGUUCUCCAACUGUUGAGACUGGAGUUCACCACGUUGGACGUUCUACUGCAUCAGGAGGCUCUCAUAAGUCUGCUUCGGUUCGUGUCUUACGUGCAGGAUCAGACGAACGUUAUAAUGAGCGCCAAAGCGGAGAAGGAUGAGGUCAAACUGCGCGGACGUCCCACCCAUUUGUCUCACUUGGCGUCGAUCCAAGAGGAGACCUCGACGUUUUUGAGGGAGCAGAUUCACAAGCAAAAGCUUCGAUCGACGACGAGGAGUCGGCGGCGGAGGGCGGUGAUGGAAUACGUCGAUCUAAAGGUACAGGCAAAAGUUGGAACCAUUUGUAUGAAGAUGGCCAGCGACUGCAGGGAGAUCACUGAAUUCAACAUCGACGGGAUCACUGCCGGUUAUGUAAUGAAAGCUUCCUAUUCUCAAGCGAACGUCAAUCUGUCCUCCGUCAGCGUGAAGGAUCUGAACGCUGCGUCAGCUUACAGAGACAUCGUGUCUGUGACGGAGGACACGGAGUCUCUGCAGAUCCAAGCGAUAAUAUACAACACCGAGUUGACGGACAUGGAGAAGAAUAACAUGUCGAUCACCGUCAUUAUGGGCUGUUAUCGCGUCGUCUUUCUGAACGCGUUCGUCGGCAGUAUAAUGAGCUUCUUGAACAACUUUCAAGCGGCCCAGCAGGCCAUUAAGGACGCGUCGGCGGCAGCGGCUGAGGCCGCGAAAACGAACAUCAAAGACGUGAAAGAGAGCGCGACCCGAAUCGGGAUCGCAGUGAAGAUCAAAGCCCCCGUCGUCUACGUCCCUAUGCAUUCGAGGAGCGAGCAAUGUCUCACGCUGGACAUGGGCAAUCUCACCGUGUGCAACGUGUUCAAGAAGCUGGAGAUCACGAACGAAGCCGGGGAUUCGCCGGUCGUGGACGAGAUGAGGAUCGAGUUGCAAAACUUGAAGUUGUCACGGGUCAAAUUGAACAUGGAGACGUUCACCAUUGACAACGAGAUACUUCUGUUGGAACCGGUCAGUUUCACGUUGCUGAUGAAGCGUAAUCUGUCCACCGCUUGGUUCACCUCGAUACCGGACAUCGACAUGUCCGGCAGAUUGAACAAGAUCAACAUACUGAUAAGCAAGGAAGACUACGCGACCACGAUGCAAGUGUUGGCGGAGAACCUGGGCGAGACGUUCGACGACGAGAAGCGGCUGAUGACGAGCGUGAACCAGGCGGAGAAGAGACUCGAGGUGGAAGUGUUGCGGCACCGCGAGACGGACAAAUACGAGAGAGCCACGGUGGCCGGGACAGAAGACGUGGAACAUCAAGAGCGAGUCCAUGUCCACACGUCCGUCAAGUUCGAGUUCGUCAUGGACAGUCUCGUCAUCAACUUGUACACGGGAGGCUCGACGUCGUUGCAGUCGCAGGGUUCUCUGCUUCAUCUGCCGGAGAAUGGUUUGGCCAAAUUCUGUUUGACUCAUUUCGCGUUAAAGGGCCGGAUAUUCGCCGACGGACUACUGGUCACCUCGAUCCUCCUCAUGAACUGUACCUUGGACGACACCCGCCAAAGUAGGCAGGGCUCGCUGAUAAGAAUCAUGGAGAGGACCACGGCGGUGCCGUCGAUGGACGACAUGGAGAAGGAAUCGUCGAGAACCGCGCGCAGCAUGCUGGACGUGACCGUCAGACAGAGUCCGAACGACACGUUCGCCGACGUCCGAGUGUUCUCCUUCAGUAUAAUCGUGUCUCUCGAUUAUCUGAUGAAGAUCAAGGACUUUUUCGCAGUCGAGGCUCCGGCAGCGGCCAAACCGCCGUCUCCGCCGAAGAGCGAGACAGCGGUCAAAAGGAGACAGAUUACCGGCGGCGCGUCGCCGACCAAGAGGAUGUUCACCGUCAACGUACUCGUCGAGAAGCCAGAUUUCAUUUUAUUGGAAGAUAUGGACAAUAUCAAUUCGAACUGUAUCAUAUUGAACACAGAGUUGUCGUUGAAAGCACGUAUGAUGGACGAGCAUCAAGUGAUAACUGGCUCUAUAAAGGAUCUGUCCGUUUUAGCUGGUGUAUACAAUCCGGCAAAGAGGAGCGACUGGAUAUAUCAGGUACUGAGACCGUGCAGCAUCAGCGUGGCGGGAUCCACACCGGAGGGCAAGGGCCUUCACGUCGAUGUCUGUUGCACGGACAUUCAUCUGUCGGUAUCCCCGAGCGUGAUAGAGAUACUGAGCAAAGUCGUUCGCACCGCCACGAUGAAGGAACCGACGAACGAGGAGGUGGUCGUCGCCGAACAAAAUUACGAAGGAUUAUGGAUAGUGACGCCUUUCGAAGAGAACGAAUAUUGGUUUUUAAAGACGGAGGUAGGGGUGGAGGCUGUCGAAGGUUUCGUCUACCAAGACGACGACGUGGAGGUCGCGGCCUAUAAACCGGAGCUGGCGAUAAUCUCGGCGCCGACGAUUUUGUUCACGCUCGAAGCGGGUGUCGGCAACAAAACGUUGCCGAUGCUCCUGCUUCACGUCGGGUUCCAGAGCAACAUAAACGACUGGAGCACCAAGACCAUGAGCAUAGAAUACACAAUGUCUAUGAUCAUGGCUUAUUACAACAGUCGCCUGGCUUUGUGGGAACCGUUGAUCGAACCGAUAGAAGGAACCAAGAAUGGGAAACGGGUCUCAACGCCUUGGGAAUUGAAGCUUAAGCUGCAGUUCAACGACGUGUCCGCGGACUCCAGAGGUGCGUUGAGCGCCGUCAGUCCUACGUCUGACAGUGAAAUAGAAGAGUUUCAUCAAACGCCCAAGAUGUCCAUCGACAUAGUGUCGACCGAGAAUUUGGAGAUAACCGUGACCAAAACUUGUAUCGACGUGCUGAAACAACUCGGAGCCGCGUUCUCGUCGGCCAUCGAAGCUGGCGAUAAAGGGACGAAGAAGGUUGCAGCGCCUUACGUACUUAGGAACGAAACGGGUGCGGCGAUGGUCCUGGACUUGGAGCGCAGCAACUUCAAGGUGUUCGGGUCGAAGCUUGCCAGCAGCGAUGCGUACAUGGAAGUGAUUUUGGAGUCUGGCGCGUCGGUUGAGCUGGCCCCGAAGACGAAGCGAACCGAGAUACCGUUGCUCGAUCAAUUGAAGAUCGAAACGAUCGGAGAACGGGACGACGAUAAAUUUAUCAUCACGUUUAAGGAGAUCAGUGGAACCCUGGCGAUACCUGUUUUAAGAGCCGACAAGAGGUUCUUCUCGUUGAGAUAUCGGAAGGAAGGCUCCGAGGAAUGGGGUAUCGUUUCAGACGUCGUCGUGGACGAGGGAAGCACGAUCGUUACUCUGAGAAGUAUCCUACAAGUGCACAAUCAUUUCAGUCGACCGAUAUCCGUUUAUUACAUGACUAAACGCGGGAACGAGGUCGAGUGCGUGGGCACCGUAGCUCCUGAGAGCAAAUUAAACCUGCCGUUAGAUACCGUGUACACACCUACCAACAUGUAUUGGCUGUUCUUCAGCGUAGACGGAUACAUGGUGUCCGAGGAACCGUUCGUUUGGAAAGAUUUGCAAAAGACCGUUAGCAUGUCGAAACUGUUGAAGUGCGACAGCCGCACGAGGCACGACGCGAUAGAACCAUUUUAUAUGAAGAUGUUUUUCGUGGUGAUUAUGGUUGGUAGUAUUUUAUAUAAUAACGACACUAUUGGCUUAUUGUUGAAUGCUAUUAACUGGCGAUCCGUGUUCGGUCGUUUCGUUGAUUGCGACAAGCGUCUCUGCUUGAAAAAUUUACCCUCUGAGCACAAAAGAUAUCUGGAAGCACCUGUUCAGGUCGUCGGCGAGAUAGAACAGGUCUAUUACGAAAAUACCAACCGACACACAAUGGCCAGUACCAUUUACAAUGUUCACCUGUACCCGUCUCUGUAUCUGAAAAAUUUCUUGCCGAUUGACAUUAUCGUAUGCCUGCCUGGUUCCGUGCAAGAGAAGCUCUUGGAAGCCGGCAUGUCUUAUCAGAUUCCUACGAUCGAUCCCGGUAAAUCUUACGUAAUCAUAAAGCUACCGAAUUAUUUAGAGAAGGAUUGGUCGUGUCGAGGCGAGAUACUGGCGAAUCCGCCGGAAUUUUCCGUAUGGUCUUUCGAGUCUUUCGACAGCGCGCAAAAGGUGGUGAUGGACUUAGGAAUGCACACCUCGCAUCAGCACGGUUCUCUCAUCAUGGCUCUGUACUGCCCGUUCUGGAUGUUGAACAAGACAGGCAUGAUGUUGUCCUACAGGAAAUCAAGUAAAGGUGGCAAAGAACGCACAAGCCCGAUCAAGAAUUUGGUUUGCGUGCCCCGUCAACGCGCAGAAUGCAAGAGGAAGAAUGCACGUAGCUCGAGCGGGGAAGACUAUUUAAACGUGUUGUAUCACCCGGAGAACUUCAAGGGACCAAUAUUGUUCUCGUUCCGCUCGAAAGUGUUCUUCGGCAAGAAGAAGGCGAUGAUCAGAGUGGAGGACGGCGAGUGGUCCGAUAAAUUCCCGAUAGACGUUGCAGGGAGCGAAGGGGUGGUGGAUUGUAGAUACAAUGGCCUAACGUUCCAGAUCGGAGUUCACAAUCAGCUGACUUAUAAUUCAUUGACGAAGCAGAUCACGUUUACCCCGUACUAUGUACUGAUAAAUAAUUCGCGUUAUCUGAUCGAAUGUCAGGAGGGAGACAGACCGGCCGACACUAUGACCAAAGUACCCCCUGGCGAAUGCACGGCUCUCUGGCCACAUUCCGAGCACGAACAGAAGACUUUGAGAGCAAGGAUCGCGGGCGAUCCCGAGAAAACCGCGCCGUUCGUUUACACGGAUAGCCACACUACUUUACUCAAAUUAAACAACAAGUACGGAGGGAUCAACGUAGACGUACAAAUAAGCGAAGGAGGAGUGUACAUUUCCCUGUCGUUGUACAGCGACGGAAAUGCUCCUGCCCUGAUCAUCAAUCACACUCCGCACACUAUCAACUUCUGGGAGAAGGGUUCGUUGAACGUCAGAUCUGUACAGUCGUACAAUAGAAUGUUUUACACUUGGGAGAACCCUGCGGGUCCGCGAAAGGUGGUCUGGGAAACUAGUCAUAAGAAGGAGAUCGAAGACACGCUGAGAAAAGACACUCUGGGAAGUUUUCUAUUGCCAGACGUGGAGGACGAGGUGUUUUACGUGUCCUUCUUGGACGGUACCCAGCGAGUAUUCUUGUUCACGUCAAGCAUGAAAGUCGCGGAGGAUUGUCAACUGGCCGGUGACUUCGAGGCCAUAGAUCAGGACGUGACGAUAACGAUUCACGGUGUCGGCCUCUCGCUCGUCAACAAUUACACGAAAUCCGAAUUACUGUAUCUGUGCAUAGCCAGUUCGGGGAUCAUAUGGGAGUCGCGCAAGUCUUGCACUCAUCGUUGGCGAGGUCUCAGUACGAAAGAUGUCGAACUCAUAGAGGAAGGCUAUCAGAAGUACAUGAGAGAAUCACAGAUAGGGAAAGAUCCGGACGCAAAGGUCAUGCUUGAACCGAGAUUAGAGGUGGAUUAUAUUAACAUGGAAAUGUUGAGGCCACAUCAUCGGUAUCUGAGGCGUACUUUUCAAACUGGUCUAUGGCUGCAAUAUCGCACUUCCGCGCAUCAGGUUCAGCUGCACGCGAAGAUCAACCGAUUGCAGAUCGAUAAUCAACUCGCAGACUGCGUCUUUCCCGUUAUAUUGGCCCCGGUACCACCACCGAGAAGCGUUACAUCGGGUACCGUUACGAAACCGUUCGCCGAACUCAGUAUGGUCAAACGAUUAUUGGCGCACAGUAACGUGCAACAGUUCCGGUACUUCAAGGUGCUCAUACAGGAGUUCCACGUAAAAGUGGACAUAAUUUCCAUCAACGCGAUCAUGGGGUUGUUCGAGACGAACGAAAUGAACGAUGCCGAGGAAAGCAAGUUGUUUAAAUUGGACAUGAGACUGGUCGACGAGCCGUUAAUGUACCACGUUAAACUGAUCACUACGGCCGAGCAGAAGAACUUCUUCGACCUGUUGCAUUUCUCACCUUUGAAGAUUCAUAUAAGUUUCUCCAUGACCGGAAGCAGCAGCGGGCCUUCCGCGGUGCCCCAGGUGUUAAACGUGUUGUUACAAGGGAUAGGCGUCACGUUGACCGAUAUCAACGACAUCGUCUUCAAAUUGGCAUAUUUCGAAAGGGAGUACACCUUCAUGACCAACAAGCAACUGAUUUCCGAAGCAACGAUGCAUUACGUGGGACAAGCUAUAAAACAAGCGUACGUACUCGUUCUGGGCCUCGAUGUCAUAGGCAAUCCUUACGGACUCGUCGUGGGUACCAUGAAAGGCAUCGAAGAUCUGUUCUACGAACCUUUCCAAGGCGCCAUCCAAGGCCCUGGAGAGUUCGCGGAGGGUCUGUUUCUCGGCAUGAGAAGCAUGCUGGGUCACACCGUGGGAGGUAUGGCUGGAGCAGUCUCGAAGAUAACUGGCGCUAUGGGCAAAGGUCUGGCCGCUCUGACCUUCGACAAGGAUUAUCAAAGGAAGAGGCAGGAACAGCUUAACAAGCAACCAGCCAAUCUGCAAGAGGGUCUGGCUCGCAGCGGAAAGGGCUUGAUAAUGGGCGUGGUGGACGGUGUGACCGGCGUCGUGAUGAAACCGAUAUCGGGAGCCAAAGAGGAGGGUGUGGAAGGUUUCUUUAAAGGAUUCGGGAAGGGCAUGGUCGGCCUCGUUACCAGGCCGACUGCUGGAGUCAUAGAUUUCGCCAGCGGUUCGUUCGGUGCUGUGAAACGGGCGACCGAGCUGCACGAUGAAGUGAAGAAAGUGAGACCGGCCAGAUUUUUACAGCCGGACAAUUUAGUCAGGCCCUACAUUCGAGACGAAGCCGAAGGGCACAAGAUAUUAUGUGAAUUGGAAAAAGGAAAAUAUGCGAACACCGACAUCUAUUUCUAUCAUUUGUACAUUAACAAGGACGUGCUACUGCUAACUGAUAAAAGGCUAGCGUACGUGGAGCAUAGCGACUUGUUCGGUGGCUGGAGGAUCGAUUGGACUUACACGUGGCAGGAAAUGGCCGAGUUACCGAAGAUAGUCGACCGAGGAGUGCAGAUAUUCGUUAAAGACGGUAGUAGGAGAAAGAAGUUGGGAAAUUUCUUUGGCAGCGCAGAUCAAUCGAAAAUAAUUUUGAUACCUGAUUAUAAUCUGAGACAGUUUUUACGCAAUAAGAUGCAAGAACAAAUCAAUCAAUUCGGAUUGUAACGGAAAGAGCACUCGGCACGAGUGGAUUACCGACUGUUCGCGUACCAGGGACGAACAAUUCUUUUUCAAUUUCAAACUCGAACUUCAUUAAUUUUAUACACACGUACAAUGCGUUGUACAAGAGUUUUCUAGCAGCAAUGCCGUUCACAAGACUGAUACUCAAUCAGACUAUCGACCGAAGGCAGAGAACGAUCAGUAUAACAUAAUUUUAUAUUUACGCAUCGCGACAUGAUCUUCGUUUCAAUGUUCGUUUAUUAUGCUCUAUGCGCGAAGCACCUUCUUUUUUUAUAUACAAUCACUUACCUUGUAGAUCACUUUCCGAUUCCGACGUUUUUUACGAUACCAGUGUGAAAUCAUGAAUAGCUUCUCCGACGUUUUUACCUAAUUAAUAACGAUCGUUGUUGAUACGCUAUACGAGUCUCCUCCGUUAUCCCAUAAACCGCUGCCUGCCCGUGCGCUCCACUUGAAAUUCCGUUCGAUCGGAAACGAUCGUACGACAAUAUCACGUUUUCUUGUACAGUUCACCGGUAAGCUAACGCAAACGGAAACUCAAACGCACAUCCUACGUUCAACGAUUACUUCCGCAUCUAUCCGUGUGAUCGUGUUGUUACUCCGUAUGCAUGCGUACAGAUUGUUUUUAACAGUUAAAGAAACGAGAAUAGUUUUUAAAGGGGAGAAGUACUUGCACAAUUUUUUUUCGUAAUACCGUUUUCGUAAUUUCGUUUACCGAUUAGAGGAGAUCGAUCUCGAGAGUACUCUGUACGUCCGCGGAUGAGUGGUACGUUUGUUACGACUGUUCAUAGUCGAGAUCGACGAAAGGUGAAACAGACCCAAAGACGUUACGCUAUAAUUUGUAAGAUGUUAUCUGUAUAAUUGUAGUUACCUUUAUGAACGAACACUAUUGUUAAAUGUUAUAGAGGAGAGAUAUACGUAUACACUGUUUAUACAUUACGCAUCCAAACGAACUGUAUCAUUAUAAGAGAAUUAAAAGUAACUUUUUCCGCUUCUCUA